CACUUUUAAAACUUUUUGUUGGUUCUGGUGAGUAAUUAAAUUCUCAACUCACCUAACAGCUCUCCCAUCAUGAAUUCUUUCUCUGAGUCAAAAUAUGCAGAGAAAAAGACACGAGGAUAAUAAAAUGCAAGCAUAGAAAGAAAGAAAGACCCCACCAUUCUCACUCCCAAGUGCCUGGGACCUUGGUUAUUUAGACAAACCUUUCCAGCAAAGCCAUCAAAUAAAACAUCAUGAUGGAGAAGAGCUGGCUUCUGGCUUUUUCCCUCUUCCUCCAAAUAAUCCCAAGGGAAGCCGCUUUUGGUAUUGGUGGCGGUGUGGGUGUCGGGAUAGGCAAUGCAGGUGGUGGUGUGUGGAUCGGUGGUGGGAUCAGAAGUUCUCCUACCCCAUCACCCGGCUCUUCGGUUUCAAACCCGAACAGCGCUUACGCUGCUCUUCAAUCAUGGAAAUCAGCCAUCACAGAUGACCCAUUGAAGGUUUUGGACACUUGGGUUGGCACCGAUGUUUGUGCGUAUAAAGGAGUCUUCUGUGCAGAUCCACAAGAUGACGACCCGGGUUCAGUUGUUGUAGGCAUAGAUCUCAACCACGCGAAUCUCCAGGGCACUCUUGUCAAAGAAAUCUCUGCCCUCACAGACUUGUCUCUCCUUCAUCUCAACAGUAACAGGUUUUCUGGCACACUACCUGAUACUUUCAAGGACCUUAUUUCUCUUCAAGAGUUGGACCUGAGUAACAACCACUUUUCAGGUCCCUUCCCAACGGUCACUCUAUACAUUCCAAAUCUCAUGUAUUUAGACCUCAGAUUCAACAGCUUUUCAGGGCCUAUACCUGAAGAUGUUUUCAACAAGAGACUUGACGCAAUUUUUCUCAACAAUAACCAAUUUGAUAGCCAGAUUCCUCAAAAUCUGGGCAGCUCUCCUGCUUCAGUGAUAAACUUGGCAAAUAACAAGCUCAGUGGAAACAUUCCAGCUAGUUUUGGGUUGAUGAGCUCCAAAGUGAAGGAGAUUUUGUUUCUCAAUAAUCAGUUGACAGGCUGCAUUCCUCAGGGAGUUGGGCUGUUCACAGAGAUGCAAGUCUUGGAUGUGAGCUUCAACUCACUGAUGGGUCAUUUACCAGACACAAUUUCUUGCUUGAAUCAGAUCGAAGUCCUGAAUCUGGCACACAACAAGCUAUCUGGGCAAGUACCAGAACUGGUUUGUUCUCUGAGAAGCCUUGUUAAUCUGACAGUUGCCUCCAAUUUCUUUUCUGGGUUUAGCCAAGAUUGUGCCAAGUUGUUCUUCAGAAAUGUAGGUUUUGAUUUCUCGUUGAAUUGCAUUCCUGGAAGAGACAUGCAGAGGCCUCAACCAGAGUGUAGUGUGAUACCAGGAGGAGGAUUGAGUUGUCUCAGAAUCCCUUCCGCUCAACCUCUUAUUUGUGGAUCAUUGCCGCAGACAUUAGAAGCAAAUAUAAGCCCAUCUUCUCCAUGAACCUCCCACUAGUCUCUUACCAAUAUUGUACUACAGGACCUGUUGCUAGCUGAAUGCUGCUGUCUCAUUAAUUAAUUAAAUAAUACUAGCAGUCAUGAUUCACAA